GUCUCUCUCUCUUAAAAUCCUGGAUCUCUUGACCAGCCAAAGAUGAGUUCACUGUUCCCAUCAAGGACUGGGAGAAAGAAGGGGUGGGAUUAAUUGGGCCUGGAGGCAGGGCCCGGAGGGCGGAGCUAAGGUGGAAGAAAGGAGAGCCCUCUAAAUAAAGGGCAGGCGCUGGCUGCCCAGGAGCACACCUUCCUCCUAGUCUGUGUGUGUCUUGUGAGGAGCCGAGCCUGACCCGGGGAGAUGAUGGAGCCUGAGGAAUACAGAGAGCGAGGUGAGCCAAGGGGUCCUGGCCCCCUGUCCCACAGCCACCCCCGCGGGAACUGCUGCUGGCGUCAGCCCUUGGCUUCUGCGGGGUCAUUCGGAGCCUUAGAUUCACCUGCUGAGAGGUGACUCCAGCAAAAUCUGUCCUGAAAGAGGAAUGUGAGGAAAAGAGAUGGUGGAUUACAUCUGGCAGUACCUGAGCACGGUGCGGGAGCGGCGGGUGACUCCAGACGUGCGGCCUGGCUACCUGCGAGCGCAGCUGCCUGAGGCUGCCCCUGAGGAACCUGACAGCUGGGACAGCAUCUUUGGGGACAUUGAGCGCAUCAUUAUGCCUGGGGUGGUACACUGGCAAAGCCCCCAUAUGCACGCCUACUACCCAGCUCUCACCUCUUGGCCAUCGCUGCUGGGAGACAUGCUGGCUGAUGCCAUCAACUGCUUGGGGUUCACCUGGGCUUCCAGCCCGGUGUGCACGGAGCUCGAGAUGAACGUCAUGGACUGGCUGGCAAAAAUGCUGGGACUCCCAGAGCACUUCCUGCACCACCAGCCCGGCAGCCAGGGGGGAGGCGUCCUGCAGAGCACAGUCAGUGAGUCCACCUUGAUAGCUUUGCUGGCGGCAAGGAAGAACAAAAUCCUGGAAAUGAAAGCAUCUGAGCCUGGGGCAGACGAGUCCUCCCUGAACGCCCGGCUCAUUGCCUAUGCCUCUGAUCAGGCUCACUCCUCAGUGGAAAAGGCUGGUUUGAUUUCUCUUGUGAAGAUGAAAUUUCUGCCUGUGGAUGACAACUUCUCACUCCGAGGGGAAGCUCUUAAGAAAGCCAUUGAAGAGGACAAGAAGCGGGGCUUUGUGCCUGUUUUUGUCUGUGCAACACUGGGGACCACCGGGGUGUGCGCAUUUGACUGCCUGUCGGAGCUGGGCCCCAUCUGUGCCAGUGAGGGGCUGUGGCUCCACAUCGAUGCUGCCUAUGCAGGCUCUGCCUUCCUGUGCCCUGAGUUCCGGGGCUUUCUGAAGGGCAUCGAGUAUGCCGAUUCCUUCACCUUUAAUCCUUCCAAGUGGAUGAUGGUGCACUUUGAUUGCACUGGGUUCUGGGUCAAGGACAAGUUCAAGCUGCAGCAGACCUUCAGUGUGAACCCCGUCUACCUCAGGCAUGCCAACUCGGGUGCGGCCACCGACUUCAUGCACUGGCAGAUCCCCCUGAGCCGGCGGUUUCGCUCUAUUAAACUCUGGUUUGUGAUUCGGUCCUUCGGUGUGAGGAAUCUUCAAGCGCACAUCAGACAUAGUACAGAAAUGGCUAAAUAUUUUGAAUCUUUGGUCAGAAAUGACCCUUUCUUUGAAAUUCCUGCCCAGAGGCACCUUGGCCUGGUGGUUUUCCGUCUAAAGGGUCCUAAUUGUCUCACAGAAAGUGUGUUGAAAGAAAUAACUAAAGCUGGCCGUCUCUUCCUCAUCCCCGCCACUAUCCAGGACAAGUUGAUAAUCCGUUUCACCGUGACAUCCCAGUUCACCACCAGGGAUGACAUCCUGAGAGACUGGACUCUUAUCCGAGAUGCUGCCACUCGCAUUCUGAGUCAGCAUUGUACUUCGCAACCUAGCCCUCAGGUCGGGAACCUCAUCCCCCCACCUGGGGGCCCCAGGGCCUUGGCCAACGGAAUGUCCUUUCAGUCUGUUGGUGAGGCAGGGGGUGACCCAGCCCAGGCCAGGAAGAUCAUCAAGCCGCCUCAGCGUGUGGGAGCCAGUCUUGGGAGAAGCGAAGACAGCCGCCGUCCUGAAACCCUGCUGGACCCACGUGAUGACUGCUUUGCGGAAGAGUCUCCAGCUGUUACCAAGCACAAGCUGUCCUCCUUCCUGUUCAGUUACUUGUCCGUGCAGAACAAGAAGAAGGCAGUGCGUUCCCUCAGUUGUAAUAGCGUGCCUGUGAGUGCUCAGAAACCACUGCCCACAGAUGGCUCUGUGAGGAGUGGGGGCUCCUCCCGGGUCAGAAUCUUCUCUAGGUUUCCAGAAGAGAUGAUGAUGCUAAAGAAAAGUGCCUUCAAAAAACUCAUCAAGUUCUACAGCGUCCCCAGCUUUCCUGAGUGCAGCUCUCAGUGUGGGCUCCCGCUGUCCUGCUGCCCCCUGCAGGCAAUGGUUUAGGCCGGAGGUUUCUGCCAGAGGCCCGGGUUUCGGCCAGGAUGUGUUUCAGGGAGUCUCUGAACUCCUCCGGAUUGUGUGCUGAAUUCGUGUGCUUAUGUGUGUGCGUUUUUCUUGGGAGAGAGCCCCUAAUUUUUAUCAGGUUCUCAUAGGGGUUCAUGACCUAUUAUGGUACAGAAGGUUCUGGCAGUCUGGUCAGAGAGAAAAGGUCCAGGGUAGUGUACUGACAGGCAGCUUCUGUGGUGCAGCUUGUGAUAUUCAAUAUAAUGUAGCAAUAAAUUGUGCUCGUCCCAAAAAAGCCUCUCUUGUGUGAUUUCGUUGACCACUGAAAUAUUGAUUAUUU